AUGACGUCACCGAAAUGGAAGCGCUCCGCUCCUGGACCCGACGUUUUUGGAACCCCUCCCCCACCCCCCCCCGCCCCUCCCCCACCCCCCCCAGGCCCUUCUGAUCAUUCCAGGGGGGUGGGGGAGGGGCGGCCCCGGGGGGUCCUGGCGGCGAAUUUGGGGGAGCUUCAGGAGCAGGUGUGUCUCACCCGUUCUCACCUGCGCAGGUUCGUGUACGCCAAGGACCGCACGGACCGGAUCCGUACCUGCGCCAUCCUGUGCCACAUUUACCACCACGCCCUGCACAGCCGCUGGUACCGCGCCCGCGACCUGAUGCUGAUGUCUCACCUGCAGGACAACAUCCAGCACGCCGACCCACCUGUGCAGAUCCUGUACAACCGCACCAUGGUCCAGCUGGGGAUCUGCGCGUUCCGCCAGGGGCUGAUCAAGGACGCUCACAACGCUCUCCUGGACAUCCAAUCCUCCGGCCGCGCCAAGGAGCUCCUGGGCCAGGGGCUGCUCCUGCGGAGCCUUCAGGAGCGCAACGCGGAGCAGGAGAAGGUGGAGAAGCGCCGCCAGGUGCCCUUCCACAUGCACGUCAACCUGGAGCUGCUGGAGUGCGUGUACCUGGUGGCCGCCAUGCUGCUGGAGAUCCCCUACAUGGCGGCGCACGAGUUCGACGCGCGCCGCAGGAUGAUCAGCAAGCAGUUCCACCACCAGCUGCGCGUGGGCGAGCGGCAGCCGCUGCUGGGACCCCCCGAGUCCAUGAGGGAACACGUGGUGGCCGCAUCCAAAGCCAUGAAAACCGGGGACUGGAGGCGCUGCCAUCGCUUCGUGGUCAACGAGAAAAUGAACGGAAAAGUUUGGGAUUUGUUCCCCGAGGCCGACCAGGUGCGAGCCAUGCUGGUCAGGAAGAUCCAGGAGGAGUCGCUGCGCACGUACCUGUUCACCUACAGCAGCGUCUACGACUCCAUCAGCAUGGAGACGCUGGCGGCCAUGUUUGAGCUGGACCUGCCCACGGUGCACGGCAUCAUUAGCAAAAUGAUCAUUAACGAGGAGCUGAUGGCCUCGCUGGACCAGCCCACGGCCACGGUUAUGAUGCAUCGGACGGAGCCGACGGCCACGCAGAACCUGGCGCUUCAAUUGGCCGAGAAAUUGGGGAACCUGGUGGAGAACAACGAGCGGGUGCUGGAUCAGCGGCAGGGAGCCUACGGGGGGUACUUCAGAGACCAGAAAGAUGGCGGAUACCGCAAGGGCGACGGGUACCUGAGGCGAGGCGGCUUCCGGCAGGAGCGCAGCAACUACUGACGCGCACCUGCGCCACGGCGGGACCCUCACCUGCCCCACAGAGCCCUCACCCGUUCUCCAAACCCGCUCACCUGGGCCAAAAAUCCUCACCUGCCCCACGGAUCCCUCACCUGUUCCAUCGAGGGUCCCGCGGUUGGGAAUCAAUAAAUGAGUUGUUCGGGA